ACUCUAUGUCAGGAAGAUAUUAAGCUACUGCUCACACGGAGGCAAAUAUCGAUCUCCUUCGCCUUCGUGUCAUCUACGAGUAAAGAGAACGGACGAUCAGCACUCUACAGGAGAAAGGGGAGUAUCCCCCCUGAGUCGGGACUAUUAAGACCAAGGAAAAUCUCAAGAUUGGUGAGAUGUGACUUUGUUUAAUGAAGAUAUUGUGAUGGAAAACCAUUUCCCCAGAGAUCGUCACCAGUCUGUGGGGAAACGUUACCAGAGUCUGACAAAUGACAGUAGUAGCAUGGCAGAUUAUUUAAUAACCGGAGGCACGGGGUACGUCCCAGACGACGGACUAACGGGUGCCCAGUUAUUUGCCAAUGGGGACGGACUCACAUACAAUGAUUUUCUCAUAUUGCCAGGGUUUAUUGACUUCCCGGCAGAUGAAGUGGAUCUCACCUCAGCGCUGACCAGAAAAAUCACCCUCAAGUCUCCUUUAGUCUCCUCCCCAAUGGACACUGUCACAGAGUCUCAAAUGGCUAUUGGAAUGGCACUUUGUGGAGGAGUUGGGAUCAUUCAUCACAAUUGUACUCCAGAAUUCCAGGCCAAUGAGGUCAGAAAGGUCAAGAAAUAUGAACAAGGGUUCAUCCUUGACCCUGUUGUUAUGUCUCCCACACACACAGUUAAAGAUGUAGUACAGGCAAAAAAGAAAUUUGGAUUUUCUGGAAUUCCAAUCACAGACAAUGGACACAUGGGGGAGAAGCUGGUGGGAUUGGUCACUCAGAGAGACAUUGACUUCCUGACUAAUGAUCAGAUGGACACACCCAUAUCUGAGGUCAUGACAAAAGUUGAAGACUUGGUUGUGGCACACAAUGGAGUUACACUAAAGGAAGCCAAUUCCAUUUUACAGAAAAGCAAAAAAGGAAAACUGCCUAUUAUAAAUGACGAAGGAGAACUAGUGGCAUUGAUAGCUAGGACAGAUACAAAGAAGAAUAGAGAAUUCCCUUUGGCCUCUAAAGAUGAAAAGAAGCAGUUGUUGGUGGGGGCUGCAGUAAGUACACAUGAUGAAGACAAAAAACGCCUUGAGCUUCUGGUGCAGGCAGGGGUGGACUUUGUAGUCUUGGACUCUUCACAAGGAAACUCUAUUUACCAAAUAAACAUGAUCAAAUUUUUGAAGAAGUCAUAUCCAGAUGUUCAGGUCAUUGGUGGUAAUGUUGUGACAGCAGCACAAGCAAAGAACCUCAUUGAUGCUGGAGCGGAUGCUCUCCGAGUGGGAAUGGGGAGUGGAUCUAUCUGUAUCACACAGGAAGUGAUGGCAGUAGGUAGACCUCAGGGGACAGCGGUGUAUAAAGUCGCAGAGUAUGCCCGGAGGUUUGGUGUCCCAGUUAUUGCAGAUGGUGGAAUAUCUUCUGUAGGUCAUGUGAUCAAAGCUCUGUCUCUUGGAGCAUCAACUGUGAUGAUGGGUUCCCUCCUUGCUGGGACAUCUGAGGCCCCUGGGGAAUAUUUUUUUGCUGAUGGGGUCAGGUUAAAAAAGUACAGAGGCAUGGGGUCUCUAGAUGCCAUGGAAAAACAUCGUAGUAGUCAAAGUAGAUACUUCAGUGAAAGUGAUAAAAUUAAAGUGGCUCAAGGUGUCUCAGGGUCCAUUGUUGACAAAGGUUCCAUCCACAAGUUUGUGCCAUAUCUUUAUGCUGGAAUCCAGCAUGGUUGCCAGGACAUAGGAGCAAGGUGUCUCUCCAAUCUAAGAUCUAUGAUGUACUCUGGGGAAUUGAAAUUUGAGCGUAGAACAGCAUCGGCACAAGUUGAAGGAGGGGUCCAUAAUCUUCACAAGAUUCUUAGAAUAUGAGCUAUGAAAAGCGGUUGUACUGAGGAAAUAUGGACAAAAAGCUGUACCAUCCAGUGUGUUCCUUUCAAAUGAUCUGUCUCGACAGCCAAUAAAAAAAUGUUCAAAGGGAGGUCACGGGUCAAAGUGCAUAAUUAAUUCCAGUUCAGACAUUUGACAAAGGUGCAAUGUUUUUAUUUUUCAGGUAUUCUUAUUUUGAGAUGAAUUUCCUCAGUACAUUAUUUUUUUAUGUAAUAGAUGGUGCAUUAAGAAUUCUAUAUUAAUUUUGCAAUGUAUGUAUUUAAUGUUUUGGUUUUUUUAUUUGCUUUUUUUGCCUGAUUUAAUAGGUAUUUAUAAUUGAUUAUAAUUGUUUCAAAGAAGCAUUUGAAUUGAUAUACAUAAUGUGCCUGUAAAUGUUUAAGCCAGUAACAAAUUUAUAAAAUACCUGGCCCCAGGAUCAUAAAACAUCUUUAAUAAGCUUAAGUCAAAAUCUUUUUUGUUGUACUGAAAUUUUGUAGAACUCAAACAGUCCAAAACAAGUGCAUGUACAUUUCUCAGAAUUACAUCACCAGAAUGCUGUUAUCUGCAAAUUUAGAGAUGAAGUUGACCAUGAACAAAUGUUGCAGAGGUGACUGAAAAUCUGAGCAAAGUCAUAAGUUUGAUUCAAAAUCCUGGGGCCUGCUGUUUUGUAAGCAGACAUAUCCUGUUGUCUCUAUACAACAUUUUUUACGUCCCAUAGGAAUAUUCUUGUUAUAUGAAAUCUUAUACUAAAUAAAUAAUGCACCUAAAUCUAAUCAGUUUUUAAUGAUAAAUUUCAACAAAAAAAGUUUUGGAUUUGGCAAAUAUUUCCAUGUUCUUAGAUCAAAAUGAAUCAUAUCAAAAUAUCUUGUGUACAUUAUUUAGAACUCAGGUUUUACAAACUCUUUAUAGAUACAUGAUAAAGUGAUUAUUGUUAAAAAAAAUUUUAUUGAAACUCAAGUCUUUUUUAACAAUUGGCAAGCUCUAAAAAGUUAAGUAAUGAAAACAUUAUAUUUUCACAGAAAACAUUAUAAAUAAAUUUCAUUUUCUUUCUGAGAAAGUGCUUUAUUAAACAGAGGGAGUUGUGUUGGUAAUAUAUUUCCUUGCAUAAAAAAAGCACUUUUUAUAAAAAAAAAAAGGAAUGUCCGUGUAAAUUUAUUACUGUGUUGAGCCUGAUAUUUUCGUUCUGUGUGUUGUACCAUGACCAUGCAAACACAGGGCCUCUAUAUCUCUAGUUGUUUGUUUGAAAUAUGUUCACAUUCAUGUAGAUAGGAUUAAAAUGAAACAUAGGAAAUGAAAAAUAAUCUGAAGAUAUAAAAGUUAGUCACAGGCAUUUCAUGUAUGAAUUGCUCUGCAAUAUUCAAUCUAAUUAAAAUUAGAUGUUAGAUCCGCUCGCAUACUCGCUACACUAACAUCGAUGUUAGUGUGGCGAGUAUGUGAGCGGAUCUAACAUCUAAUUUUAAUUAGAUUGUGCAAUAUUGUACAACAUUUAAGAAUUCAAAAUAAGAUACAAUAUUUUGUUUUAAAAUACAAAACUUUGUUGGUGUAACAAGUAAAGGUUAAAAAGUAUGGAUCUGAUAAAACUCUGGAAGUCUUUUUAUUACAUGACCCUAUUUACAUUAGAAAUCAUAAUAUUUAUGUUCUUUAUUUUUUGCUUAUUGAGAAAUACUCAUUUGUUGUGAUGUUUUUGUGUAGUUAAGUAUCUAAUUUGAAAGUAGAUUUGUUGAUUUAGGGGGAAAAACUUAUCAAAUAGCCAUAUUUAUGAUCCAGUUACAGAAUGAAGAAAGUUUGAUAAAUGACAUUGAAAUACACAGUCAUGAUCCUCAU